AGGGUCUUGAAGUUUCCUCCUUUACUAAACCAAAUUGGCUUUGUUUGUACCAAAAAAGUGCUACGGGACACCAACUGUUUCACUGUAUGAUGAAAUUCAAAUGAAACUAUAACCAACAAAGAAAUGUAAACGCCCGUGACGGGUCCUCUGCCCCGCGCACCACCCCCUCAGGACGUGCAGAGAAAUCUGCCGGGCGGUGAUUGAUUCCGAGAAGCCCCACACAAGCCAAACGAAACCGAUCGGGGAACAGAAUGUUGUUUUUUUGCAACUUUCUGGCAAGCUUGAACUGAAGAACCUUUUCUUCGAACAUGACGCUGAUAGCUCGAACCGGCACUGGGUGAGUGCCAGUACGCGUCGCCGUCGCACCUAACUAAGAUUUGCUGCAUAGGAAACGGAGUGAGAAGGCACUAGGCAACUGCCUACUACCGACAACCGCUGCGUUUCCCGCUGACCUUGGGGAUCAUUUUUCUCAUCGCGCAACGGCAACAGAGCUGUGCGAGUGCGUGUAACAUCAGCGUGGUCAAGCGUUCUUACACCUAGGUCGUCAGAAGUUCUUGUGCCAGCAGCUCCACCCUACUCGGGGAGCCAGCCGCGCAGCCAUGUCAGGCUUCGCGGACGUGCUGGAGCGCGACGAUGACGCGCGGAAGGACAUGAUGGCGGAAUUCAACCCCGGUAAGUACCGGGGGCUGAUCAAGCACAUUGGCAUGAUCAAGGACAACAUCAGUGCGGACAAGGCCUUGUACGAGAAAAACGAGGAGAAGCUGAAACAGCAAAUUGAAAAGCAGGAAACCGUCGCCAAGGUGGUCCAGAAGCAGCUCUCGACCCAGAUCGAGAUCACCAAUCGCGGGUACGCUUCCCUCCUGCAGCAAAUGCAGGGGAAAACUGAGGAGUGCAAAAACCUGGAAGAAAAAGUACGCCUUCUCACCUCGGAAAUGGACCUGAAAGUCAGGGAAGCCGCCGUGGAACUGAAAAAACACAUGGUAAUUAAGGACAGAGAUACUCACAUACAUGGUCCUGUUUUCUGGUUGUUGUGGUCUUUUUUCCAUGAAGCACAUGACACUGCAAGCUCCUUGAACAGGUGCUGGAUCAUCGAGGUAGGUUGGUCCUUGAUUCGCAAGAACUUCUACACGCAGAAGGAACCGAAGUAUCAAUUUAGAGGUGCCCAUCGUGCCUACAUCAAAACAUAACAAAUCAGGUCGACAGCAAGCAGAAGAUCACCGAGAAGGAGCUGGACAUUAGGAAUCUGCAACGCAGCGUGGAAGACUUGAAGCGCGCCAUGAAGGUGACGGAACAGGAGUACGAGAAGCGCAUCAAGGACGUGGAAUUCGUCGUGGAAAAGAAGGAGGAGGGGCUGCAGAAGCUGAUCGAGGAAAACACCGACCUGGACGCGCUGGUGGCCUCCGAGCGGGCGCGAAUCACCGGCAUCCAGGAUGACGCGGACAAGCGCGUCUUGGAGUUUGAGGAGCGAACCAAGGUCGUGCAGUUUUCCUACAAGGAAAAGUGCGAGGAGGUGGAGAGACUGGAGAAAAUCAUCAAGGAGCGCGACGAGGAAAUCAAGGGGAUCCUGAUAUGCAGUGCAAAAGCAUCGUACUAGUAUAAAUUGCAUAUUUGUAAUGCGGAUUUCCUUUAGGGAAAAGAUUUGUAAUGCAUAAAGGCAAUUAGUACGAGUACGAUACUUUUGCACAGCAUACCUGAACCGCGACGUCGAUUUCGACCCCGAAAAGGACAAAAAUGAAGCGCUGGCGAAGCAGAAGCAGGAGUUUGACGACCUGCUGGAGCACAAGGAAACCGGGUACCGACAGCUGAUCAAGGACUUCUCGACCAUGGAACAGAAGAAGACCGAGGAGCUGGAGCUGAUCAAGGAAACGACGACGAAAAUACGGAAGCAGCUGGAGGAGGAGAUGAAGCUGACCCGGCUGGAACUGAUCACCAAACAGACGCUGCUCGAGGAAAAGAUAAAGGAAGGCGCGGAGGAGCGGGAAUACUGGCUCGAGAAGUACGAGAAGCUGGAAAAGAUGGAGCAGGAAAACCGCGAGGGCUUCAAGCAAAAGAUACGCGCCCUGGAGGAGGAGAGGGACAUCGCCGUGGACGCCAUGAGCAAACUCAAGGAAAUCACGGACAGCGUGCAGCAGCGCGAGGCCGCUCGGAAAGAAGAAAAGUCCGGAGAAGUCGCGGCGCUCACGCACAAAAUUAGGCGGCUAGAGCAGCUGAUCAAGGACGCGAACAUCCAGACCGAGGAGGCUAUGGGGUUCUCAAGCGUUACAUUCGCAACUGUUACAUGAUUUGUCAUGCAAAAAGACUAUCACUCGGACUCUUUCCACGACCAAGGCUUCUUCGCAUGACAACUUCUCGACGCGCUAAAUAGCACUAGAAUCCGUCCCUCCAAGUCUGUAAUUAAAUGUACUCGGAACAGCUUACAUCUCACAAGUAGAAGUGCAUUUUUGUGCACUGUUUGUGCACGUUGUGAGUAUUUUCAGGUCUUCUCGAAAAAAACUGUAAUGCAGAAGGCGCAAGCUUCCUCCUUUCACUUUUGGCAUUCUUGCAAGACAAAUUCAUGUAACAGCUGAGAAUGUAACGCUUAAGAGCUCCAUAGAGGCGAUCAAAAAGAAAGAUUUGGAGAUGCAAGUCUACAUGGGACAAAUCGCAAAACUCCAAGAGCAGAUAACCGCCUGCAAGAAAAGGUACUGAUGUGCUGGUGUUUGGAUUUCUUUUUCACAACAAAGAUCAAUUUCUAUUUCAUUGCUGUAGUUUCAAAGAACUCGACGCUUCUUGCCUCGACUGCUAUCUUCUGCUGGAGUGGAGCAUCAUUUAUCGAUCUUGGGCUUUACUUUUAUGCAUUUUCUCAUCUCUAACCUCUACUUGACCAGGGAGCGCGACGUGGACUUCCUCUGGGAGGAGCGAAUGCGCGAGAAGGAGAUCGGGCACGAGCGGAUUCUGCGUGAGCUGGAGGAAUUGAAGGAGGAGUUUGUGUUUGCUGAAGAGAAGGUGGAAGCCGCCCGGCUGAAGCAGGAAGCCGCACAGAAGAAGGUCCGCCUGAUUGAGGCCCAGUAUGAGAUCGUCAUUAAGGAAAAGGACAAGGAGAUCGCCAGCCUGAAAGUAGUGAUCGAAGAGCUGAAGGAGGAGGUGCAGCGGGAGAUCAAGAAGCAGUACGAAAUCGAGGAGCUGUGGAUGAAAAAGCUGAAGGAAGCGGAGGAACGCGAGCGACAGGCGUUGGAAGUGAAAGACGAGCAGAUCGCGGAGUUGAAAGCUUUGCAGAAAAAGCUCGAAAAGACGAUCCAGAACCGCAUAUCCGAAAUCAACGAAUUGCGCGAAGAGCUGGACGAUCUGGGGCGGGAGAUGGAAGAGGAAAUCCAAACCCGCGACCGCAUCAUCGAGGGCUUGCGCGGCGAAAUCACGUCACUGAAAGAAAUGUACGAAGAAAUGAUAGCAGAACUGAGGGCACAGUACGACAAGCUGAAGAAGACCUACGAUUUGGAGGUGAAAUUUGUUUUGACAUGCUAGUAUGCGCUGAAGCUGAUUUGCUUGUUUGAUUUUCCAUGGCUUCAAGAUAUUCGACUUUUGUGUGAAACUAAAAUCAAAGUGGUCGGGUUUCUUGCUCCUGCAACCACAACAAACUAUCUGCCCCAACCCCAAAUGUUCAGGUCGGCGAAGGCGGUGUCCAGGAGCAGAAGCAGAAGGCCGAGCGUUUGGAGAAGGACAUGGCCGCAUUGCGCGAGGUCGUGGACCAGUUGAAACAAAAAAUCGUCGAGCUGAAAGCCAUAUCCUGUGCAAAAGUAUCGUACUCGUAGUAAUUGCAGUCGUGCAUUACAAAUCUUUUUCUUCAGGUAAAUCCGCAUUACAAAUUCCAUUUCUAAUGCUGAGGAAAUUUGUACUUGUACUUAUUGCAAUUUAUACUAGUGCGAUACUUUUGCAGUUCAUAAGCCAUUAUCCGCGAGAAGGACUUGGAACAGGAAGAGCUGCAAAAGGAAACCAUGGACUUGCUUUUCAUCAAGGAAACGGCGUACAAAAAACUUGCUGCGGAGUGCGCGGACCUCAAGGAGGAAUUGGAAAAAUGGGAGUACAAGCAGAAGGAAGUGGAAGCAAAGGCCCAGAAAGACGCGUUCAAGAUGAAAAAGUUCUACGACCGGCAGCUCGCUGCGAAGGAUGUGAUCAUAAAAGAAAAGGAAGACAUCAUCGAGAAAAACAAAGAAUGGGUACUGACUUCUGCUGUUUUCUUUUCUGUACAAAAAACAUAGUUUUUUGAUCGGACAAGUAGUAGAACGUGAGGACAAGUUAUUUGCUUUUGUUCUUUCUUCAAUGAUACCGAGUACUUAGUUCCGAUGGCGACAUUGAUUUGUUCUGCUGUUCUCACCGUACAAAGUGAGCCGUCUGGUGUCUGCGCGCUUUGCAUUUAACCACGUUAAAACGACUAAAGCUCGUCGAAAUCGACCACUGGAAGAAGGAGAACGAAAAACGGCGCGACGAGUACGCCGACCUGCAGCGGGAGAUGGAACGAAAGAUCAGCGAGAAGGAGAAGGGUAUGCAGUACCUGGUGGACGAGGUGUCCGAACUGAAGGACAAGCUGGCCAACUUAGAGCGCACCUACGAGGAGCGAAUCGCCGCGCGGGAGAAGGAGGUCCAUAUCAAAGUGAAAAAAGCCCCCACCCCAUAUCGGAAACGGAAGACGCGCGAAUUUGUGACGCUGUAUUUGAGUACACAAAUCGACUUGUAUUGCUAGAAGGCCAAGAGACGAAGCUGCGGCCUAAAUUGCAGGCAAUCUGUCAUGCUGUUUCCCACUUCCAGUUGCCUCCUGUCAUCCUGGAGCUGCAAGGCUUUCCCACGCUAGACAGCACUACAGUCCGCAUCUUUUGCCUUGUACCAUCACAAAGCUGAUUUGUGACUACAAAUCUGCAUCACAGAUUUCCGUUUUGAUAUGGGGAGGGGGCAUUUUUGAUUGUAAUAGUCCAGCACGAGCACUUCCUGAAGGACGAGGAAUACAAGAAGCUGGAGCGCGACACCCAGCAGAUAUCAAAUGUAAAAAUGUCUGGGUCUGGAAGAUUUGGGGAGUUUGUCAUGCACAUUUUGCAUGAGCCAUGAUGUCUGUGAUGCAUGCCCUAGCAUCACAGAUUUUUUGAGGCCUUCUUGAUCAGAUACCCUCUCCGCGUAGCAUGUGUUGCCUUCCCUUUGCUGCUCAUGCAAUACAGAUUUCUUUGGAUUCCAAGCGCAGCAUCACAAGUUACAUUCUUCCAGACCCAGACAUUUUUACAGUUGAUAGCAGAUGGCCCGCGACAACAACCAAUUGAAACUCGACCUAGCCGCGGCCAUCGCCGACGGCCAGAGAAUAGACCCGGAAAAAGUGCGCCUAGCCAAGCUCGCAGAGGACAACGCGGUCACAAUCGCGGAAGGGCAGCGAGCAAUAGACGUCAUGGUGGUAGAGAACGAAGAACAAAGAAAACGCGCACGGGAAAUGGAAGAGCAGUGCGCACGAGACGUAUUAUUUGAGUGGCUUGCGUGUUUCUUUGUGUUUUCUGUAAGUUUAUUCUUCAAAUGCGGCUACUUCGUUCUCGUAGAUGCUUACGUUUACUGUAAGCCCUCGGUACAUCAUGUUAUCGGCACGGCAACAAUGAAAACAGAUCAAGCGCGCGAAGAAAGCGGAGGAGACGGAGAUCAAGCGGCGCGAGCACGCGGAGCGGGAGAUGAAGUUGGUGAAGGAGAUGUGCGAGGAGCAAAUGGUUCGCGCCGAGGAGAUCUGCAAGCAGAUCGAGGCCCGGUACCGCGCACUGCCGAACCCCUUCCAGGACGAGGUGGUCGAGGUCCGCGAGCGCGUCGAGCAGCAGAAGGCGGGCAUCGAGAACCUGCGGCUGGAGAACGACGUGCUCGUCCGCGAGCUGCAGCAGACCAAGAAGAAAUCCGAGGAGGACAAAUUGGAGUUGGAAAAGAAGCUGGUCUACGCCACCACCGUCCUGAACGAGGUCUCGUCGCUCGGCGCCAUCCGGGGCCUCGCCGGCAUAGAGGAGGGCGCAGCUGGCGCUGACCUCGAUGGCGACGGGCUCCUCGGGGACGGCAAGAAGAAAUCGCCGCGGAGCCCCAAAGCGAUCAAGCCACUGCUGAAAGAGAGCUGGAGCGGGCUGAACGGGGACGACAAGAAAAAGAAGAAGGACAAAAAAACCGAAAAGAAGGUCUCCGUCAUGCCCACCGUGCAGGAAGGAGAAAACGAAAGCGAGGCCAGUUCAAUGAAGAAGAAGUGAACGGGGCCUUGCUGAGUCUGAGCCCUCGGUCCUUUCAACGCUUCAUUUUUUUGAAGAGCUCUGCCGGAAGUUCCAGAACCAGCUCGGAGCUGGUCGAGCAGGCUUCUCGUCUUCUAUGUCGUUCUUGCUUCGACAGCGCUAGUUCCAUGUACUUCGCCAUUUUUACUCCGUAUGUACCUGUUCUCUAGUCACACCUAGUUUCUCGUCCCGCAACCCCUGUACAUAAUUCACGAACGCUGCGCUCGCCGUUUCCCCGCCGUGCGUUCCCCGCACCUCCAAAUCUGUCCAACGAGAAUAAAGGUGUCGACGAACUCACCAUCCCCGGUGAUACAUGUUGCGAAGCGUCUGCUUGCAGCGAAAAACCUUUCCGUUUCAACUGGUUAAUAACUUAUGUUGCGUUUCAACGAUUUCAAAUUCAAUAAACACUUCAAUGCUCUUAUGCAAGAUGAAGAACCCAUCUCGAGCAUACAGUUUGAUUGGUGAUCUUUACAAAUUUUCGCGCGCGCCGCGUUGGAGUCGGAAAACAAGAUGAAGGAUUUAAGAGGACGAAGAGGAAAACGCCUCUCGAUUUCGGUCGUGGGGACGGAAGCCGACAAUUCUUGGCAACACGAGCC